AUCGGAGUGGCUUCCCGGCAAUAUUCAACCUCAACGAACGACUCAUAUUCCGCAUUGACACACACGUGAUACGUACAAUGCAGUCUUGAUAGUCUGGUUGAAAUGUUCGGCCUCAAAACUGUUGUACUUGCCCUUUGCAUUUGGCACGUUUCUGCUGUGUUAAUGAAAGAUCAAUGUCAGCGGGAAUACGAGUUUCCUGCGGAAUGGAAAUCCACAGAAAAUGGUACGCUAGGACCUGGCAAAAUGGAUGUAGUUUAUGACAGAAACGCAGACGAGAUUCGAGCAAGGUUCGUAAAUGCAACGGAAGAUGUUUGGAUAACUGCACUUAUCAAACCGACUGACAACGCCAACUGUCCUGAGACCCUGGAAGAUGCUGAGGAUCUUUUUUUAUAUAAUCCAUAUAUAAAGAGCGGCAACAGUACCGCAUACAAUGUUUCAAAGGGUCACACAAGGGUAAUCAAAAUCUCAAAACCAAUCACUGGUUGUUAUUAUUUCAAUAUAACGGACGAAAACGGCACCAAUUGGUUACACGGCGGCCAAUUUUAUAAUACGUCCAAUCGUCACAUCAAUCCACACCCGAAAUGUAAACUGGAAUACUAUCCCCCUGGCGACACGACUAAGGAAAGUGUAAACAUUCGUCUGACACUAGCGAUGUCGUGCACGCUAGUAGUAUGCGUGGAAAGCCAUAAUGGAAGCAGAACUGGAGAGGAAUGCGCUAUGGGUCCGAUUCAAAGGUUUGAAAUAGACCGGUCGGACUACUGCAAAGAUACAAUUUGGGGCAAUAAAUGGAAGACCUGUACGCUUCGUGACCGCCCCUCGAAAUUUAAAGUGAAACAAAGUGUACGUCUAGAUAAUUCAGAAUGGAUAGUGGAUAUUACACGGGAAGACGAAAACGAGUAUGGUUCUAAUCAUAGUUAUUACCUGUCGAUUUACACGAUCCCUGGCACCUGCCCAUUACAAAAUAGACGCGACUACUGUCGUUGGAAACCUUUUCUCUAUCAGAACGACUUCCGCUUCAUCCCUCCACCGGCGGACAAUCACCAGCUCAAAGACGAUAGUCCAUAUUCCCUCGAACAUGUUACGACUAUUCUUUCUUACAUCGUAUUGGGUGCGAUUAUAGUAGGAAUACUACUUUAUUGGAUUAGAGAGUACAACUAUUUGAUAGUUGUAGAUAAGCUCAAUAACGAGAAACAGAACGGAAAGUCGCAAAGAGCUGUGGAGCAGGGUGAUAACGGAAAAGCCAAGGAGAUUUUGUUGGUCUAUACCAAGGGUUCGCUGCCGUUCAUGGAUAAAAUGAAGAAUUUUCGAAAUUGUUUGAAGCUCGGCUGUCGCUGCAGGGUUUACGACCUGCAGUCGCAAGAAGACGAGGAUGACGUUGCAACAUACGGAGCUACGGAAUGGAUUGGCAAGUUGUUACUGAACGGUAGCAAAGUAGUUUUCGUCGAUACCCCGGAGUUCCGUUCUGUCGUCAAGAGAAAUGAAUCAGACACGGCGGAAGAAUGGGAACCAGUUGUUGACUCGCGUGAUCUUGCGUUGCGAUAUGCCGUUGAAUCGGCUAAGAACAUUCAAGAUCCCUCGACUCAGUAUCACCAGCACUUUGUUGUUCGAUGGGAGGGAUUCAAAGCUACCGACGACAGGGAUGACCCUUUAUCGUUGAUCACACCUCACAUUCGUUUCAAUCUUCCGGAGAAUUUCGAUACUUUGUGCGAGCAUAUCUGCAACUCGAUGGGUACAAAAUUCAACCACCAUAUAGUAAACAUCCCAAGCGCCGCUGAAGCGUAGUACAAGCCGAUCGGUCUCUCAGUGUGGUGGGGACGUUUUGAAGACUACGAAGCAAACGUACAAAAGUCAAUCAGUAGUGUGUGUACAGUUUCCGGGGUAAUUAAGGAAGUUGUCACGAUCGGAGUGCAGACGCGAGAAUAUUAG